CACCACCCUGCUCCAGACACUGAAACUUGUCAACUGAUGGGACAAAGAGCUGAGACACUUGCCUGUACUAGGACACUAAAACAUAGGGUGUAGCCAAAGACAAUUUUCCCAACGUGGAGGCUCACACCUGUCAAACCCUGUAGCAUUCUGGGGAGGCUUUUCUAUACCUCUUCUCCAUUUCCAGCCUUUCACACAUCAUGGUUCAUCAUGCCUAGUGGCAUAUAAAAAGACUCCACCUCCUGUCCCACCUCGGACCACAUCAAAGCCGUUCAUCUCUGUCACUGUGCAGAGCAGCACUGAGUCGGCACAGGACACCUACCUGGACAGCCAGGACCACAAGAGCGAGGUGACCAGCCAGUCAGGACUCAGCAAUUCUUCAGACAGCUUGGACAGCACCAGGACACCCAGUGUGACGAGAGGAAGCAUCGUGACUCCAGCACGAGAGACUCCAGAGUUACCCCAGAAAAAUGCAACUUUGAAAAGUGAUAAGGGGACUCUGACUAGUGAGGAGCCUAAAGUGGAGAAUAUCCCCAAAAGAAAGUUGUCGUCAAUAGGAAUACAAGUUGACUGCCUUCAGCCAGUGGCAAAAGAGGAGCCUCCUCCACCAGCCACGAAAUUCCAGUCCAUCGGGGUACAGGUAGAGGACGAGUGGCGAAACAGCCAGCCUCACAGCAUGUCCUCCAAACAGGACACAGACUCUGACACACAGGAACCUAAUAACUCUACCUGUAAAUCAUCUGAGAGAAGCCUCGCUGAGUGCCCCCAACACAACAACUCCGUUGGUGUUGAUGCCCCUACCAGGCAACCAGCCAAGCCCUCACAGAUAAAGAGAAACCUCUCCUAUGGAGAAAACAAUGACCCAGCCCUGGAGACUUCCUCUCUCCCUCCUCCUGACCCUUGGCUUGAGACAUCCUCCUCCACCUCCCCAUCAGAGCCCACACAGCCAGGAGCCUGCCGGCGGGACGGGUACUGGUUUCUGAAGCUGCUGCAGGCAGAGACAGAGCGGUUAGAAGGCUGGUGCCGCCAGAUGGACCAGGAGACCAAAGAGAACAAUCUCUCUGAAGAAGUCUUAGGAAAGGUCCUGAGUGCAGUGGGCAGUGCACAGUUACUAAUGUCACAGAAGUUCCAGCAAUUCCAUGGCCUGUGUGAACAAAACUUGAACCCUAAUGCCAAUCCCAGACCCACAGCCCAGGACCUAGCUGGGUUUUGGGAUCUCCUGCAGUUGUCCAUUGAAGACAUCAGCAUGAAGUUUGAUGAGCUGUACCACCUGAAAGCUAAUAGCUGGCAGUUGGCAGAGACACCGGAGCGAAAGGAAGAGAAGAAACCACCCCCUCCAGUGCCAAAGAAGCCAGCCAAGUCCAAAUCCCAGCUGACCCGGGACAAAGCCUCCGAUUCCGACAAGCAGCGCCAGGAAGCCCGCAAGCGCCUCAUGGCGGCCAAACGAGCCGCCUCGGUGCGGCAGAACUCGGCCACCGAGAGCGCCGACAGCAUCGAGAUCUACGUCCCCGAGGCGCAGACCCGCCUGUGAGCCCAGGGAGGAGCUGCGUGGUUUUUAUAAGUAAUUAAAAAGGAGGAAAAAAAAAAAAAAAAGGUUCUCUCGAAACUAGUGUGGUUUAUUCAGUCUAGAGACCAUGAGCCAUCCUGCAAAAAGGGCUCCCGAGUUGGCUUUUUUCUCUCAGCUUUAAGUAAUGAAGAUUUAAA